AUGAGUGACCAUCAUGAUCCAUCUACGAAUUUCAUAGAGUUGGAAUCCGCUUUGGAUGACCAUGUAAAUGGCAAUGGUGGUGGUGGCGUUGUUGUUGGUGUUACCACCGAAUCGAUGUCUCUUCACGAGCGUGUAUUGAAGAUAUGCAAAGAGUCUGGCUUGGAUAGUUUGGCACGUGAUUCAGGUUUCAUACAAAACGAUGAAAUACCAACACUUAGAGAUUAUGGUGGUGGUACAACUCAACAGCAACAACAACCUUAUUUCCAACAAGGUGGUGGUUAUGCACAACAACAACCUUUUAAUAAUAGUAAUAAUAAUAAUAAUAAUAAUAAUAAUAAUAAUAAUAAUAGACAAAAUUCAACAACACCAAUACCAACAACUACUACAACAACAACAAUGGCGGAUUAUUAUUUGAUGGGUGACCUGAGGAGUAAGACUAGUACUGGCAAUAGCAACAGUUCAUCUCAGACAUCGACACCUCCAUUUACAUCACCAUACUCUAGUCAACAAUCGUCGUAUUCUCAAUCAUCUUUGGCAUCGUCAUCAGCAUCACAAUCAAACUAUUAUCAACAACAACAACCUUUGACGUCAACAACAACAACAACUACUACUACAACAACAAACAAUAGCAAUAACAAUAACAAUAAUAAUUUAAAUAGUUCAAUUGAUAUGAGUUUGAAUCAAUCUAUUAAUACAGAGUUACCAUCGUUUAACUCGGGUUUCAAUCAUCUCUUUGAACAGAACUCUAUAUCGGUGGAUGAACACGCCAACAAAAAGACAAAGAAGGAAGACAAAGGACUUAGAUUUCUCAGUAUGAAACCAAAUAGUAAUAAUACAAAUACAGAAAUAUACAGAACAACAAUGUUUGGUAGCGGCAACAGUAAAUCUAAAGAUUCUGUUGGUGUUGAUAAAACAAUAUGGAGAAGACUAUAUGAAAUAUUCAUAGUAAACACUCUCUAUUUGGAUUACAGAAGUAUGGCACUCUACAGAGUUGCAAUGUCACUCUAUUUGUUGUCGGACCUGUUUUGGCGUUCACAGUAUCUCAUGCACCACUAUACUUGGUACGGACAGUAUCCAAUGUCGAUGGGUGCUCAGGGAACAGAGCUGCGUUUUUCGAUUCAUCUCAUCAACGGCUCCAUUCCUUUCCAGUUCAUGCUAUUCGCUACCGCCUGGGCAUUCGCAACAAUGAUGCUCGUUGGCUACCGCACUCGUUUCUCUGCAUUCAUGUCAUACCUGCUACUGGCAUCACUUCAGAAUCGUAACAUCUACGUUCUCGACGGCAGUGACGACUAUGUCCGAACGAUGUUGUUCUGGUUGAUAUUUAUGCCCAGUGGCAAAGUCUAUUCCAUCGAUUCACUAAGAAUUCAACCGACAGCCACAAUUGGAAGUUCUGGACAAACCUCUGAAACUUCUCAUAAUAAUAAUAAUAAUGACAACAACAACAAUAAUAAUAAUAACAAUAACAAUAAUAAUAAUAGACAUUUAUCAUUUGCAACCAUUGGAUUUAUAGUCCAAUUUGCAACUAUUUAUAUAUUCACAGCAUUAUUAAAACAUGGUGAUGAUUGGCAUGUUACUUAUGAUGCAGUUCACUAUGCAUUGAAUUUAAAGGAAUUCAAUUAUGGUUUGACCGAUAUCUUGAUUCAAUUCCCAGAGUUUUUAAGAUUCCUAACAAGAGUCACAUUGGCAUUUGAAUAUUUAGGACCCAUUUUUAUGGUAUCACCAAUCUUUAACACACAACUAAGAUUACUAUCGAUAUGUGGAUUUGUAGCAAUGCACAUUGGAUUUGGAGCAUGUAUAAACAUCUAUCUAUUUAUUGUUAUUCCAAUGGUUUGUUCAUGUGGAUUCGUACCAACACCAUUCUGGGAUUUUGUAAUAUCAAAGAUUUCAUCAAACAAAGAAAGAAAUCAUUUAUCUAUUUUCUAUGAUUCUAAAUCAAAGAAUGUAGAAUAUAUGCUGUUUGCAUUUAAGAAAUUCUUUUUAAUUUCACAAACUCCAAUUGUUAAAAUAGUAAAUUCAAGUGGUGGUUCAUCUUCAGGAGCAUCCGAACAACGCCUCGACGAAGAUGGUAUUCACAUUUCAGAAUUCAUUCCAUUGAAUGACCAAUUCAAAUCGAAAUACUUUUCCGCUCAAUUCCAAGGUGAAGUAUAUUGUGAUUACGAUGCAUUCGUUGUAUUGGUAUCACAAUCAUGGUUACUUUGGCCACUUGAAAUCAUUGUAAAUUCACCAUUCUUUGAAAAGAUUAUUAGUAAAUUCCAUUUAUUUAUUGAUUGGUUAAACAAUAGUAAUAGUGAAUAUAAUUUAAAUAGAUAUAAAACAACAGUACCAACAUCAUCCAAUAAGAAUAACAGUAAUAAUAGUGGAAUGUUGAGUAAAGUAGGCAGAAUAUUAUUUACGAUUAUCAUUCCUCUCGUUUUUAUAUUGUAUGUACCCUAUUGGAAUUACAAUGGAUAUAUGCGACAAUCGGAUCCAACCUAUCCAUCACCUCAUUUUGCCUCGAUUGCCUAUGUGUUCAAGACCGAUCAGUGGUGGGGAAUGUUCGCGCCGAACCCGCCGAAAUACAGUCGUUGGCUUGUUAUUCCUGCGAAUUUCGAGAAGUACACUGGCAUCGAUCUGCUGCAACCCGAGCCAAAGGCAGCGGACUACAAAGCGAACCCGAUCUACACAUUCAACAGUGGUCAGCGCCAACGUAACUUCCUCAUGUCGAUCUUGUUCCACGAUGACCUGCGUCUGCACUACGGUCGAUUCAUCUGUAGAACCUGGAACAUCUACUAUCCGGAUGCCGAGCGUGGCAAACUAAAGAACUUUAAGAUCGUCGCUGUACAAAGAAAUACCAGACCACCCUACGAUGAUUCUCCCGCCGAAUACUUUAAAGAAGAUAUAUGGGUGCAUACAUGUUAA